CUUCCCAUGUGUGAGACUGGACGCCUUCAGAGCAAGGGUACCGAGGGCCCAGCCACCUUCCUGCAGGCACCGAGCUUGGCUGGGCGGCUUCAGUGCCCCAGGAGAGCCAGAUCUGAGGACCCGGAAGGUCCUGUCAGCCCAUCCCAGACACCCUGAAGACACCAGUGACCAAGACUCAGUGACUGGAGCCGGUGCUAUGUGCCCAUGGAGCCACAGGCUCUGGGUGCCUCUGCCCAGUCCUGACUGCUAGCCUCAGAGAAGUUAGAGGCCUAGGCCACAUUCAAGAGUGUCAGUAGACAGAUGUAUCUCAGACCGUGGGGCUCCUAAGCAGGCUGCUGGACUAGGCCACUGGGGAAGAAGAUGCCAGCCAAGGGGCGUUACUUCCUAAAUGAAGGUGACGAGGGCCCCAACCAGGCAAAGCUCUAUGAGAAGUACCGCCUUACCAGCCAGCAUGGGCCACUGCUGCUGUUGCUCCUCCUGGUGGCCGUGGCCAUCUGUGUAGCGCUCAUCAGCAUCACCUUCAGUCAUGAGGAUCCCCCGAGGCACAAGGCUCUCCUGGGCACUGCGUUCUUCCUGCUGACGCUGUUUGCGGCUCUCUACGUGCUGGUGUAUGUUGAGUGCCUGGUGCGCCGCUGGCUGCAGGCCUUGGCUCUGUUCACCUGGCUCUGCCUCAUGCUGCUCGGCUCUGUGCUGGUGUGGGACUCCUGGAAGAACGAAGCCUGUGCCUGGGAGCAGGUGCCUUUCUUCCUGUUCAUCGUCUUUGUGGUGUACGCCUUGCUGCCCCUCAGCACGCGGGCAGCCAUCACAGUGGGGAUGGUCUCCACUGUCUCUCACCUCCUGGUGUUUGGAGCUGUGACCGGAACCUCCAAGACGUCCAUGUCUGGCGCACAGCUGGGACUGCAGCUUCUGGCCAAUGCCAUUAUCCUCCUGGGCGGGAACUUCACGGGGGCCUUUCACAAGCACCAGCUGCAGGAUGCUUCCCGGGACCUCUUCAUCUACACCGUCAAGUGUAUCCAGAUCCGCCGGAAGCUACGUGUGGAGAAGCGCCAGCAGGAGAACCUGCUGCUCUCGGUGCUGCCAGCCCAUAUAUCCAUGGGCAUGAAGCUGGCCAUCAUUGAGCGCCUCAAAGAGGGCGGUGACCGCCGCCACAUGCCUGACAACAACUUUCACAGCCUCUAUGUCAAGCGGCACCAGAAUGUCAGCAUCCUGUAUGCAGACAUCGUGGGCUUCACGCGGCUGGCCAGUGACUGCUCCCCCAAGGAGCUGGUGGUGGUGCUCAAUGAGCUGUUCGGGAAAUUCGACCAGAUUGCCAAGGCCAACGAGUGCAUGCGGAUCAAGAUCCUGGGUGACUGCUACUACUGCGUAUCGGGCCUACCUGUGUCGCUGCCCACCCACGCCCGCAACUGCGUGAAGAUGGGUCUGGACAUAUGUGAGGCCAUUAAGCAGGUGCGUGAGGCCACAGGAGUGGACAUCAGUAUGCGGGUGGGUAUCCACUCUGGCAAUGUGCUGUGUGGGGUCAUCGGGCUUCGCAAGUGGCAGUAUGACGUGUGGUCCCAUGACGUGUCCCUGGCCAACAGGAUGGAGGCUGCUGGAGUCCCUGGCCGGGUGCACAUCACAGAGGCGACACUGAACCACCUGGACAAGGCGUACGAGGUGGAGGAUGGGAACGGGCAGCAGCGCGACCCCUAUCUGAAAGAGAUGAACAUCCGGACCUACCUGGUGAUAGACCCUCGGAGCCAGCAGCCACCCCCACCCAGCCAUCACCUCCCCAAGCCCAAGCCGGAUGCGACACUGAAGAUGCGGGCUUCAGUGCGCGUGACCCGCUAUCUCGAGUCCUGGGGUGCAGCGCGGCCCUUUGCACACCUCAACCACCGGGAGAGUGUGAGCAGCAGCGAGACCCCCAUUUCCAAUGGACGGAGGUCAAAGGCCUCUUCACUGCGCCGACACCGUGCCCUUGCCAGGAGUGCCUCUCCCAAGGGGCGCUUGGAUGACGACUGUGAUGACGAGAUGCUCUCGGCCAUUGAGGGGCUCAGCUCCACCAGGCCUUGCUGCUCCAAGUCUGAUGACUUCCACACCUUUGGCCCCAUCUUCCUGGAGAAGGGCUUCGAGCGGGAGUACCGCCUGGUGCCCAUCCCCCGUGCUCGCUAUGACUUCGCGUGUGCCAGCCUUGUCUUCGUCUGCAUCCUGUUUGUCCAUCUUCUCGUGAUGCCCAGGAUGGCCACUCUGGGCGUGUCCUUUGGACUUGUGGCCUGCCUGCUGGGGCUGGUGCUAAGUCUCUGCUUCGCUACUGAGUUCUCGAGGUGCCUUCCAGCCCGAGGUACACUCCAGGCCAUCUCGGAGAGUGUGGAGACGCAGCCCCUGCUCAGGCUGCCCCUGGUUGUGCUGACUGUUGGCAGCCUACUGACUGUUGCUAUCAUCAACAUGCCACUGAUGCUUAACCCAGGCCCAGAGCAGCCUGGAGGCAACGAGACAAGUCUGCUGGCUGCAAGAACUAGAGUUGGGACCCUGUGUGAGCUCCUCCCGUACUACACCUGCAGCUGCAUCCUGGGCUUCAUUUCGUGCUCCGUCUUCCUGCGGAUAAGCCUGGAAGUGAAGGCCAUGCUGCUGACAGUGGCCUUGGUGGCUUACCUGCUGCUCUUCAACCUCUCCCCGUGCUGGCACGUCCCAGGCAACAGCACCGACACCAACAGCACACAUAGGACACCUCCACUCCUGCCUGCUGCACGAACCAUGCACAACCACACCCUUGCUCCGGGGGCUCAGGUGACUGCCCCCUUCCCCAGCAGAUGCUUAGAGAGAGACCUGAAGACCACGAUCAACUUCUACCUGGUCCUCUUCUAUGCCACCCUCAUCCUGCUGUCUAGACAGAUUGACUAUUACUGCCGCUUGGACUGUCUGUGGAAGAAGAAGUUCAAGAAGGAACAUGAGGAGUUUGAAACAAUGGAGAAUGUGAACCGCCUCCUCCUAGAAAAUGUGCUGCCAGCACACGUGGCUGCCCACUUCAUUGGAGACAAGGCAGCUGAGGACUGGUACCAUCAGUCUUAUGACUGUGUCUGUGUCAUGUUUGCAUCCGUUCCGGACUUCAAAGUGUUCUACACUGAGUGUGAUGUGAACAAAGAAGGGUUGGAGUGCCUGCGCCUGUUGAAUGAGAUCAUUGCUGAUUUUGACGAGCUGCUGCUGAAGCCCAAGUUCAGUGGUGUGGAGAAGAUCAAGACCAUUGGCAGCACCUACAUGGCCGCAGCAGGGCUCAGUGUCCCCUCAGGACACGAGAACCAGGACCUAGAGCGGAAGCACGUGCACAUCGGUGUCUUGGUGGAAUUCAGCAUGGCCCUGAUGAGCAAGCUGGACGGAAUCAACAGGCACUCCUUCAAUUCCUUUCGCCUUCGAGUUGGUAUAAACCACGGGCCUGUGAUUGCUGGAGUGAUUGGAGCACGCAAGCCUCAGUAUGACAUCUGGGGAAACACCGUCAAUGUUGCCAGCCGAAUGGAGAGCACUGGAGAGCUUGGGAAAAUUCAGGUUACAGAAGAGACAUGCACCAUCCUCCAGGGACUAGGAUAUUCCUGUGAGUGCCGAGGGCUGAUCAACGUCAAAGGCAAAGGAGAGCUGCGGACUUACUUUGUGUGUACAGACACUGCCAAGUUUCAAGGCCUGGGGCUGAACUGAGGUGUCUGGUAGUCUGUCUCCUUCCCUGAGGGAGCCAAGAAUGCAGCCCCAUGCCAGCUGCAGGUGGCUGUGUGGCUUCUUUGGACUUGCACUACAGGAUGGAUGGCUCUGACACAUGCAUCAGAUUUUGUUUGAAGCAGCUACGUUGUCUAGAACCUCUGUGCUUCAGUCUGUGCAAUUCCUAGCUAGAUCACUGGUCUACUGUGGGCUGUGCUUGUUCCCAGGAUGUUGGAAGAGACCUUAAUGCAUGACCAAGACUGACACCACCUUGGUAGCCAGUGAACAGCAUAUACCGGGUAAAGAACUCCUGGUUCCAGGAGGCUCAGCCAGGCUGUCUAGCAUAGGUUAAAGCCUCCCUCUUCCCAUUAGUAUCCACCAUGGGAUGCUAACCUCUCAUGCAGGCAUUCUGGCAAAUGGAGUUGAAAACAGUGGGCAUAUUGGCAGGUAGUCUCAAACAGUAGAAAAAAAUUUCCAAUUGACAUGUCACUUUUUACCACCUCAUUUCUGUUUGAAAUGGACGUGUCAUUAAUGGAAGUUCUAUCUUUGCUACCAACUCUUAGAUGCUAGGCAACAAUCUCCUUUCUAGUAUAUUUUCUCUUCUUAGCCACUGACUACAUGUAAACAGGACUGCUGUUCAGUGUCAGUUCAUAGGAUUAGCUUGGCUGUGGGUGGAGUUCUGAGAGAGGGGGCUCACACAAGGAGCAGCAAAACCUUGGAUCUGUGUAUCCAGCAUUUUUGAAAUAAGUCUAUUGGGACAAGGUUCAGGAAGCUGAAAGUCUAGAAAUGAGGUGUGUAAUGUUUCAGUUCUUCUGUCUGCACUUUAUUUUUUUAGAGACAGAGUCAGCCAAGGCUGGCCUCAAACUUUCAACUCUCCUGCCUCAGUUCCUGAGUGUUUCGAUAGAUGUGCACUACCAUGGCCAGCUUUUUUUUUCCGUGGGAAAGCCUACAUAGAGAGGGCUUGGACAGCCUGUGUACCUCUUGCCCUUUCUCUAGUCUUCUGAGCUGACUGCAGAGCUGCAACUGUGAUCUACCUGGCAGGAACAUGUGUUGAGGUUCCUGGGCUGUGAAAUUGAGCACCUAAACAAAUGCCAAGUUGCUCUCACGAGUCAAGGCAAAUUCAGCUCUGUGUGAUGGCAUCUUACUGUGCUUUAGCUCCAGACCACUCAAGCUGAGUGAUGACCAACAUCCCACUCCUUUCGGAAAGUGAUUUCAUUGCCACAGAACUUCACUACGUCAUGGCAUUCUUAGACGUCACCAAGGAACCUACUAAGCACAGAACAUCAUGCAUACAGGAGUCUGCAAAUGAUGUACGUGCUGUAGGCAGGGUGCCUGACCAGCCAGGUUUACCUGGGACUUCAGUUCAAGAUGAGUAGUCAGGGAUGCAGAGGGAAGGAGACAGGACCUACCUACCAGAACUGUGUCCUGUGGAGCUUUAUCAGCCCAGGGAAGAGGGGCUGAUUCUAGUCUACACAAAGGAAUCCAGCAGUGGUCAGGGCUUCCCAGAAAGGCUCCCCUGGGGCUAAGAAGGUUCCUGCUAAUGCCACAAUGCAGUUCACAGGGAGCAGGAAUGCGCCUCCCUGAAGUUGACUCCUUCAACAUCCAAUAAUUUUCCCCUUCAACAGAAAUCCUAGCUUGAGUUUAAAAACAGCUGGCUACUGUUCACACAUCUUCAACUGAAGCACUGGGCUAGGAGUAUUAAGUUACUACUGUUCGGGUCUUAGGAGCGUAACUGACAAAACACUUGGGAGUUAUGCACAAACUUGUUUUUGAAUUUCCAAGUAAUUUCUUCACAAGUGUCUUAUUUUAUCUUAGGAACUUUUUUUAAAAUCCUUCUGUGGUUCAAGGAUUCAUUUCAGGGAUCCACUAAGGUGGUCCUCACUAACUACAGAAAGUAAAAGCUGUUCUGGCUUACUGAAGGACACUCCCCGACAAAUGAUUACUGUGUACUUCAUGGAUAACAGGUCAGUGCUUUGAGCAGGCGCAGGCAAAUAACUAUGGUGUGUUCUGUAUGUGUACUAUUUAUAGCUUUACUGUAACAACUGUCUCUGUGUGUGUGUACUGUUUAUAGCUUUACUGUAACAUCUGUCUCAGUAGUGUUUCAGUUUCAGAAAUCAGUGCCUGGCUCUUAUAUGUUCAGCCAAUAACUAAAAACCUGAAUGUCCUUCAAAAACAAAACAAAAACCUCAAUGUCCUAAGGUGUUUUGAAUUAAGAUAUUUCUGAGUCUUCAGGAACUGACUGACCUGUGGCAAGUAGAUCUACUGGUGAAUUAUGGGUUAUUGUCUAACCCAAGGUUUCAUAUAACUUGGACUGUCCUCAAACCUUCCACUCCUAAUCUUUCUGUGUCUACUUCUAGAGUGCUAGGAUUAUAGACAUGUGCCACUACAGCCAGUUUCUUUCUAUGUACAUAUGCACGUUCAUGUGUGUGCAGGGCUACAUCUGUGGAGAUCAGAAGACAACCCUGGGUAUUAGUCUUCACCUUCUACCUUGAGAAAGGGUUAUGUUUUCUCAUCUGCUAGCUUCAUGCUAGCUGCCCUAUGAAUGUCCAGGGGUCCUUGAUCUCUGGCUUCCAUCUUCCUAUAGGAGUGCAGAUUAUAGACAUACACACCACCGGAUCAGAACUUGGGUUCUGGGGAUCCAAACUCAAGUGGUCAAGCUUGCACAAGCACUUUACUCACUGAGCCACACUUCACUUGCAGCUCAUUGUGGCCAAUUUAUGUGGUGCUAGGGGCUCAGAAUUGCUAGCCUUCAAGCACUCUACCUACAGACUCAUACCCUUCAGCCCCUAAACUCUAUUUUUAGAGACUAAAAUCAAAAUCUAAAAAGACUUGAUUAACACUUAAGUUUUUUUAUUCUAUUAGCAUAAUAAUCUACAAGAGUCACACUAUAAUUUCUUCUUUCCUUUUUUUUUUUGAGAUAGUUUCUCUGUGUAGCUCUGGCUGCAUGGAACUCACUUUGUAGACCAGGCUGGCCUUGAACUUACAGAGAUCCAUCUGCUUCUGCCUUCUGAGUACUGGGAUUAAAGGCAUGUGUACCACCAUUCCUGGCUCCCAGAAUUUCUUGAAUCAGCUUUCCUUUACUGUUCUUGUUCUGGCUUAAUAAUGAUUUUAAAUUAAGAAAAAUGGGUAUAUCUUCUGGUCUAUAUUUUUGCAGACAGGCAAAGGGGUUAUGUCUGUUUACUAGACUAGGUUAUGUCCACACUGCCAUUCUAUUUUAAAAUCAUAUGCACGUAUGUGUGCAUGUGGGUAUGUACAUACAGUGCCGGUGCUUGCAGAGGCCAGAGGUUCUCUGGAGCUGAAGUUACAGGUGUCUUUGAGCUACCCAAUGAGGAUGCUGAGUACCUGACUCCAGUCCCCUGAAGAGCAGUAUGUGCUCUUAACUGCCAAGUCAUCUCUCCAGUGGGCCCAUCUCCACCUUUUUUUUUUUUCCUUUUUGAGGCAGGGUCUCAGUAUGUAUCCCAACCAGACUCAGAUUCAAUCUUUUCUCCGCCCGCCAAGUACUGGGAUUGUAAGUAUGUGCUACCAUAUUCAGCUUGCUGUUCAAACAGGUUAUGUCUUGACACAGAUUUAGAAAAAUCAUUCAUCUCAGCCCAGUGACGUGUGAUAGAAGGGACAUAUCUGAUGGUUUCCUGCUUGGUCACUUGACCUUUGUUAUUUCAGAUAAAGGGAAAUGAUUCAAGGGCACAGGUGGCCUUGGAGAAACUGAGCAGAAGCAAGCUCUCCUUUAAGUUCUAGACUCUAAUGUAUCUAAAAGUGGUUUGGUUCAUCUUAUUUGUGUCCUUUUGCUAUAGCUCCAAAUAACUAAAAAAAAAAAAAAAAACUAGACAUAUUUUAUCACCAUGAAUCUCCUAGCCCACUGUUUUUUCUUUUUGUAUGUGGGGGCAGAUGUAGUACUCAAUAACCACAAAUGAGGAAACCAUUCCCAUCAGGUACACAGAGGGCAGAACAUACCAGGAAACUUUUAACAUUACCUUGAGUGUUCACUUUCAUGGUAUGAUGCUAGAAAACCUCACUGGACAGAACUGCGUUUUGUGUUUACAAAGCUGGGUCCUGGGCCAGUGUGAUGGUCCAGUGAGUAAAAAGGCGUUUUGUCUGGUGACUUGUAUUUCUGCUUCUGUGGUUACUAGGCAUUAAAUUUAACUCCGAAAAGUUGUCCUAACUUCUACACAUGCACCAUGGCAUGCGUGCAUGUGCCCAAUGUGUAUAUAUUACACAUCCAAUAGUAAC